AUGAGAUUAUUAGAGUCCUGUCCUGGACUCACGCCCUGGAUCCUCACCGCGGCACUGGUUUUAAUAGCAGCAGUUUUUAUCCUCUGGGACCCGGAGCCGCAGGACUACACCAGGAUGGCACAAGAGGUGGACUUUAGGACCCUGGAGCAGCAGUUCCGGGCUCAGAACCGCAGCUGCUUCGUUCUCGGGGCGUCUGGAGAAACGGGGCGAGUUUUGCUGAAGGAGAUUCUGCAGAGACACGUGUUCAGCAGAGUCACGCUGAUUGGACGCAGACAGCUCCCCCUGGAGGACGAGAUGUACAAGGACGUGGUGCAGCAGGUGGUGGACUUCGAGCAUCUGGACGAUCACGCUUCAGUCUUUCAGGGACACGACGUGGGAUUCUGCUGUUUGGGAACGACAAGAGCUAAAGCCGGAGCGGAGGAGUUUGUCCGCGUAGACCACGACCUGGUCCUAAAGUCUGCAGAACUGUCCCGGGCCGGAGGCUGCUCCCAGUUCCACCUGGAGUCAUCCAGAGGAGCCGACAAACACAGCAGCUUUCUAUACCUGAAGGUCAAGGGGCAGGUGGAGGCUGAUAUUGAGGCCCUGGGCUUCGACAGGUUCUCCGUGUACCGUCCGGGAGUCCUUCUGGUGGACCGUGUCGAGUCCCGGCCCAUGGAGGCGGUCGCUCGCCGCUUCUUUCGUGCCUUCGCUCCCGUGUUUCCCUCCAUGGCAGUGGACAUAAGGGCCGUUGCCGUGGCGAUGGUGACCAAUGCUCUGGUCCAAUCAGAGAAGAGGACAGAGGUGCUGGAGAACAGGGCCAUCGUUGCCCUGGCCAAUCAGGUCGCAGAGCAGAGACAGAAAGAAGAAAAACUCUGA